GCUGGCCGAGUGACUUAAAAUUUAGGCGCCGGCGGUCACCGAGGUAGAAAUGGCUGCCGCUCUGCAGCGCAUCGAGCAGCUGUCCAGUCGGGUGGUACGCGUGCUGGGCUGUAACCCGGGUCCCAUGACCCUGCAAGGCACCAACACGUACCUGGUGGGAACCGGCAGCAGGAGAAUCCUCAUUGACACGGGAGAGCCAUCAGUUCCAGAAUAUAUCAGCUGUUUAAAGCAGGCCUUGGCUGAGUUUGACACCGCAAUCCAGGAAAUUCUGGUGACUCACUGGCACCGAGAUCAUUCUGGAGGCAUCGUAGACAUUUGUAAAAACAUCAGUAAUGAUGCCACUUAUUGCAUUAAAAAACUUCGACGGAAUCCUCAGAAAGAAGAAAUUAUAGGAAGUGGAGAACAGCAAUAUGUUUAUAUAGAAGAUGGAGACUUGAUUAAGACUGAGGGAGCCACGCUCAGAGUCUUAUACACUCCUGGCCACACUGAUGAUCACAUGGCUUUACUCCUGGAAGAGGAAAAUGCCAUCUUUUCUGGGGACUGCAUCCUAGGAGAAGGGACAACGAUAUUUGAAGACCUCUCUGAUUACAUGAACUCCCUAAAAGACUUACUAAAAGUCAAAGCCAACAUUAUAUAUCCAGGACAUGGCCCAGUGAUCCAUAAUGCCGAAGCUAAAAUUCUGGAAUAUAUUUCUCACCGAAAUAACCGAGAAGAACAAAUUAUCACCGUAUUCCGUGAUAACCUUGAGGAAUCAUUCUCAGUGAGCGAACUUAGGAAAAUGAUUUACAAGAACGUUCCAGAGAAUUUACAUAAAAUGGCGGAGCAUAAUCUCUUGCUUCACUUGAGGAAACUAGAGAAAGAUGGGAAAAUAUUUUCCAUCGCAAGUCCUGCCAAGAAAUGGAGAGCCUCCCUUUAGUUUCAGAUCAAUAAAGUUCUCAUUUUGCUUUUAGAAGAUGGUAUUUUCUUUUAGCUAUAAAUUACAUAUUUAUAGAAAAUAUCAAAUGUACAACUUUGAAAAUAACUUUUAACACCUUUGUGAAAUAUGUAAAUUACGUUUUAUGUAUGUAGGACAGGUUACUGAUCUAACCUGGGUCUUGGAAGGUUUUACCAGAAAUUCAGAAUCUAGCACUUUAUCACUUUCCUAGGGAUUAAGUACAGUGGUUACUUAAGGGUAAUAAAUGUUGAACAAUUCAAACCAGUUAA